GGGAAGAAGAAACUCUUGAACAUCGGAGCCGAAGUGGGACUCUAUCGCCUUCCCAACCCAUCAGCCACUUGCCUUUCGGAAUAGCGAAUGCACCCUUGCUUCCUGCAUUCAUUCGUAUCUAGACCACAUGGGCCCAACGCGCUCCCAGACUCACUCCUAAUAUGGCUAGCGCAUCUUUCUCUCGCCUCUCCUGGAAGGUCCGUCUUCCACCAAGAUACUACCUAAUUAUUUGUUGCAGUAUCACCUGUUUCCUAGCUCUGGGCUGCCCAGUGACACGGAGAUCACGGAGACCCCCCCCCCCCAACAUUUGCGCCAUCUUCGUGCAGUUCUGGAAAUUCGUAGCGAGUCAUUUGGGGUCGUGGGAACUCGGAUUUCAACCCGCAUCAAUCAAUCAAGCACAUCCCACUAUGAGCGGUUCGUGCUAACUGAUAUGUCAACUACAGCCAUUCCUGUGGCUGCGAGACAUUAUACCUAAUUCUGGUAACAGUACACUUCGCCACUCGUUACAGUAUUC